CACAUACACAUAUUUCUGCAUCCUGUAUUUUUUUAUGCACCGGGAACCGCGCGCUUUAUAAGCGGUCGUGGAUUAUGAUGCCAGUUUUUAUAACAGCGGAAUAUUGGCCUCUCCUUCGGCUCCAACUGUGAAUAGCACUACAUUGCGUGUUUUUUAUUUUUAUUUUUCAGAUUUAUUUCUAAUUUGGUUCCCCGUUACUUCUGAGCACCGAGAGACCGCCGAGACGCAAAGCCUACGUUCAAUGCCGUUGGAACAUGUCCUAUGUUCCCUUUCAAGAUGCAAGGUGUGCCGUCCCCCCCUCCUAUCAUCAUCACCAUCAUCGCACCCACGCCCACUCCUUCCACGCUCCCUCCUACGACCGUCCUGCUCACGAACGUCCCUCCUACGACCGUCCCUCCUUCAGCCGUCCCAGCUACGACCGUCCCUCCUACGACCGUCCCAGCUACGACCGUCCUUCCUACGACCGUCCAUCCUUCGACCGUCCCUCCUACAACCGUCCCCCGCACGAGCGCCCCAUCUACGACCGCCCCUCACACGACCGUCCACACCCUGACCACUGGAACCCCCAUCUUCGUGUGAGCUCCGGAAAUCAGUUCUACAUGUUGGACCAGGAAGAGGUACACCCUUUGCUGAUGCGCGAGAGGCGCUCAGAGUCUCACAGGAACAAGCUGCUGCGGCGGACAGUCAGCGUUCCUGUUGAGGGAAGGCACCAUCCCGAGAUGGAUCAUCGCGCCCGGCGGAAGAGUAUAGCCACUGGGAAGCAGCCCAGCAUGGAGGUCCCUCCCACUGCCCCAAUUCAACCCUUCCGACAAUCCAGUUUCCUCAGUAGAAGGUUGAAGGGCUCCAUCAAGAGGGCUAAGAGUCAGCCCAAACUGGACCGAACCAGCAGUUUCCGCCACAUGAUCCUCCCCCGCUUCCGCAGUGCCGACCAAGACAGGACCCGUUUGAUGCAGAGCUUCAAAGAGUCCCACUCCCAUGAGUCCUUGCUGUCUCCCAGCAGCGCUGCCGAGGCGCUGGACCUCACUCUGGACGAGGAUGCCAUCAUCAAACCUGUCCACUCGAGCAUCCUGGGACAAGAGUACUGCUUUGAGGUGACUACAGCAUCGGGAACCAAGUGCUUUGCGUGUCGCUCAGCUGCAGAGAGAGACAAAUGGAUCGAGAACCUGCAGAGAGCUGUCAAGCCCAACAAGGACAACAGCCGGAGGGUGGACAAUGUGCUCAAACUGUGGAUCAUCGAGGCCCGCGAGCUUCCAGCCAAAAAACGCUACUAUUGUGAACUUUGUCUGGAUGACAUGCUGUACGCACGCACCACCAGCAAGCCCCGCACCGACACCGUUUUCUGGGGCGAGCACUUUGAAUUCAACAACCUGCCUGCCGUCCGCAACCUACGCCUUCAUCUAUACAAGGAGACUGACAAGAAGAGACGCAAGGAAAAGAGCACAUACUUAGGACUUGUAAGCAUCCCCAUCUCAAGCAUCACCGGACGUCAGUUUGUGGAGCAGUGGUACCCGGUCAUCCAGCCCAGCGUCCUCACCAAGGGGGCUGGAGUCGGAGGGGGGAAGAUCAUCAACGCAUCGCUACGCCUCAAAUCCCGCUUCCAGACCAUGAACAUCCUGCCCAUGGAGCUGUACAAAGAGUUUGCAGAGUACGUCACCAAUAACUACCGCACCCUGUGUGCUGUGCUGGAGCCCGUGCUGAGUGUCAAGAGCAAAGAGGAAGUGGCCUGUGCAUUGGUGCAUAUACUGCAGAGCACAGGGAAAGCUAAGGACUUCCUGUCAGACAUGGCGAUGUGCGAGGUAGACAGAUUCAUUGACCGAGAACACCUUAUCUUCAGAGAGAACACUCUGGCCACCAAAGCCAUAGAAGAGUACCUCAAACUGAUCGGACAUAAGUACCUCAAGGACGCUAUAGGGGAGUUCAUAAGGGCCUUGUAUGAGUCAGAGGAAAAUUGCGAAGUGGACCCCAUGAGAACACCGCCCUCUGUGCUCCCGGACCACCAAGCCAAUCUCCGAAUGUGCUGUGAACUAGCACUCUGCAAGAUCGUUAACUCCCAUUGUGUUUUCCCUCGAGAGCUGAAGGAAGUUUUUGCCUCCUGGAGAGUACGCUGUGCUGAGAGAGGUCGGGAAGACAUAGCCGACCGUCUCAUCAGUGGUUCCCUCUUCCUGCGCUUCCUGUGUCCUGCCAUCAUGUCUCCAUCGCUCUUCAACCUCACCCAGGAGUAUCCCGACGAGCAGACGUCACGCACGCUCACCCUUAUCGCAAAAGUAGUGCAAAACCUGGCCAACUUCUCCAAGUUUGGCACUCAAGAGAGGGACAUGUGUUUUAGGAAUGAGUUUUUGGAGAUGGAGUGGGGCUCCAUGCAGCAGUUUCUGUAUGAGAUCUCCAACCUGGACAGUGUCAGCAAUGCGGGUGGCUUUGAGGGAUACAUCGACCUGGGCAGGGAGCUGUCCAUACUCCACAGCCUCCUGUGGGAGGUCAUUGCUCAGCUCAGCAAGGAUGCCAUCAUCAAACUGGGCCCUCUGCCUCGCCUCCUGAAUGACAUCAGCAUGGCUUUGCGUAACCCUCACCUCCAGAGGCAGCCCAGCCAUCAGACAGACAGGGUGCAGGAGAGGCAGACAGACAGGCUGCUGUCACGGCCGAGCUUCAACAGGGGCAUCUCAUCCGAGUUCCAAAAUCUCAUGAUGAGGGAUCUUAAUAGCUCUAUAGAUAUCACUCGCUUGCCUUCCCCCACCUCCACCGGAGGAGUCAUGCCAUCACGCUCCCAGAUGAGUUUUCAGGACCGUGACCACCCCCAUCGAGCGUCCUCCAAAGACAUGUUCUACGUAUCCCGUCCUCCCUUGGCCAGAUCCAGCCCGGCCUACUGCACGAGCAGCUCGGACAUCACAGAGCCAGACCCUAAGGCCUCCAUCGCCGGCAUGGGCAGCUUCGGGGGGCUGAGCAGCGGAGGCGGUGGCGGCCUGGGGUCGGGCCUGAGCAGCCAGCUGCGGGCCGGUGGGAGGUUGUCAGCUGGCUCUGGCGGCUCCAGCAUGUCCGGCGGUCUUCGGCUGAGCCAGCUGAGCCAGAUGGGCACCACCACCGACUCGCUAUCCCAGCAGCAGCAACAGCAGGCCGCCGCCAUGCGCUACCCGCUUUCCUUCCAGAAUCCUCUCUUUCAUCUGGCGACUGCUGACGGGCCUCAACAGCAACAGCUCCAUCACCAGCACAGCCGGGCUCAACCUCCAGCACCCCUGCUCCUGGCCCCAGAGCCCGAUCCCUCUCACCAGACCUACUUGCCACAGUUCGCCCACGGGGGGUUCUCUCGCAGUGAGGACCUGUCUACCCUCAGGACCAGGGACGGUCACCUGGGCCAACCCAGCAUCAUCCACUCACACAGCUACAGUGACGACUACAGCAGGGCUGACUAUGGACGCAGGCAGAUGUCCAUCCAUGUGCAGGAUAACCUCCAACAGCAGCAACAGAUGAUGGGCAUGACCUCCCAGACAGGAACUUCCCACUCCUCCCUGGCCACCACGCCCCCCUCCACAGUCCAACCUGUGCGCCAGAGUUCUGUUGCCCCGCCAUCCCAGCGCGUCAAGUCCCAGACCUCCCAUCAGCUGUCCGUCAGUGCAGCUGCCGCACCUACCGCUCUGGCUAAAACACGACCACAGAGCGGAAAUCUCCUUCAGUCUCCGGAGUCCGGCUACGGCGGCCGGCAGCAUGGGUCCCGGCAGCUGUCCGUCAAAGACAACACUGCCCCGGGCCUUCCCCACCAGCAGAGCUCUGUCAGGGAAAGCCAGAGUCCCCAGGGAACCACCAGUCAGAGCACUCAACAGUCACCACAGCAACAGCCUCCGCAACAGCACCUGCUCAAACCCUCCAUGGCCAAACAGGGCUCCCAGACUCCAUCCACCCUCAAUCCCCCAACCCCAGCCAAUGAGCGAACGGUGGCCUGGGUCUCCAACAUGCCUCAUCUGUCGGCUGACAUUGAAAGUUCGCGGAUCGACCGUGAAGAGUUCAAACUGAAGGAGUACUCAAAGAGCAUGGAUGAGUCACGCAUGGACAGGGUACGGGAGUAUGAGGAGGAGAUCAACUCCCUGAAGGACCGCCUGAUGAUGUCCCACAAAAAGCUGGAGGAGUACGAGCGGAGGCUCCUCACGCAGGAGCAGCAGACCAAUAAGAUCCUCCUACAGUACCAGAAUCGCCUGGAAGACAGUGAGAGGAAGCUACGGCAACAGCAAGUGGAGAAAGACUCCCAAAUUAAAGGAAUAAUUAGCAGACUCAUGGCUGUGGAGGAUGAGUUAAGGGGAGGACCCGUGAUUGAGCCAAAAACCAGGAUUUUCGCUGAUCAGGAGGACCAGCUUUCCUCCCUGGGUUAUGCAGACCCCGGUGUGAAAACUGAAGGUGGAGGGGGAGGAGGAGGAGGACAAGGAGGAGGAGGAGGAGCGGUAACCGACGACCUCAGAGUUUCUUCCUCGGGCAUUUCCUCUGACAGCUCGCCCCACAAUGGAGUCCUCCCUCAAACUGUAGACCCUCCCUCUCUACCCGCUCCUCAUCAACAUCCUAGUCAGAAUGGAGAGCUCCGUGGCAGCCAAACAUCCUCCCCCAUGACAACCUCACAGGCAACCGGAACAACGGCAACAACAGCAACCACAGGCAUAGCAGAAGAAGGGGGAGUAGGUCAAACACAACACUGAGCCAAAUCAGAGAGAGACGACACAAAAGAGAAAAAAAAAACCAAAAAAAAAAACUGUCCCCCAUCUUUCCCCGUUUAGAAAACAAUCCGCCGUAGAUAUUCUGAUUCCCGAGAGAGAGAAGAAAAGUGUGCGGGAGACGAGUAGUGAUCACACAGCGACUGUACAGUGCAUAAUACAUGAACACACACCACAAAGGGCUCUUCAACGGACACUUGUUCUCUUGACGCUCACACGGAGCUUCAGUUCGUAUCAGUCUUGCAGGACAAGAUAAUGAUACCUUAUCACACGCAGUCAAAUAAAGCAUUUGAAGCCAAUAUGUGAACACCUGUGCACUCGUUGCGGCUUCAUGAGGAACAAGUACACGUAAGGAACAAGCGCUAUAGAAUGUCUUGCACCCCAAAGACUUCAUAGUAGCCAUUAGCAAGUGCUAUAAGCUAGCUUAUAGUCACCCUUGACUCCCAUGGAUGUAGGUGCAUUAAAUAUAUCCUGAACACGCCAGGCUGCAAAUUGUUUAGGCCGAGAUGUUGGUGAUGUAGUCUGGCUUUCUUAGUGCCUUUGAGUGUUUUUCAACAGGGUUUUCCAAUAGAGAUCUGAUGGAUGGAGUUAGCUUUGCUAGUGAGAAAAAUGAUCUGAAAACAGAGAUUCAAAGACACAAGAUCAAAGCGUCGAAGACAUUUUUGAAGACUUUUUUCCUCUCUUUUUUUUUCCAAUCUAAGGGACUUCUUGUUUUUUUGGACUGAGCUCGUGCAAUUUUUCUCUUCUCAAUCUCAGAACCGAUAUGUGAUAAACUGGUGCUAAACAGAAACAAAUGGUGCCAUUUUUCCAAGUCAAAUGUCUGUGUCUGCCAUAGCACUGCCUCUUUCAUGAUUCACUCACUGUCUUUUCUCUCUCUCUCUCUCUCUCUCUCUCUCUCUCUUUCCUGCGAUUUGUCUUUGACAGGACUUUAUCCCCCCCAGUAUGUUUUGUAUGUGUCUUUGUCUUUGUUCUUUGUGCAUCCUGUUGUGUUCUUAUGUCCAACCGGGAUGUUGGUGGUUUCCAUAUCUGUGUCUUUUUUUUUUUUUUUUAGAAGCUCCCUCCUCCAAUCUCUGGUUUUACUUACAGUUAAUAAAAGCAGCUCCCGGCUCUGAAAAUUGAUGCAUAAUCUAUGGAACGGGUCAAAUUUGUGGAGCCCCAAAGUGCUAUUUUCAGUGUACCCAUAAAGUAAAAAGUAAAUUUCUUUUUCCAUUAAUUGAAGCUACGUUGAAUGAAAUGGAUGAAUGGAGUUUAAAGGGUUUUUUUCAGUUAAAACAUGUUGGUCAAUUGUGUUCACAUACGGAAGACAAAUGGUGCCAUUAUUAAUUAUCUUUAUUCCGCUUUUUUUUUUAAUGGUUUCCUCUAACAAUUUUCACCAAAACUAAUGUUGUAACUGCAUACAAAUACUAACCACAGAUUAGUAGUCUGCCCCACAUUUUACUACAUUUUGUCACAGUAGACAUCGCCAGUGUGACAUAAUAACAAGGGUCAUUUUAUGUGUGAAUUUUAACCAUUUAGGUUUGCCUGCCAUUAAGUGCCUGGGAUAAAUAUAUUGAGCAUCCUUUGGCCAGUAGACUAGCUAGUCAUCGACCAAAUGCACAUUAUAAUGCCUUGCUUAAGACAACAAGAAUAUAUGACACCCCUGAUGCUUAAAAAUCAGUAUUCAGUGUUACAUACAGUAUCAGUGUGACAUACUUCUUUGUGUCCAUAAUUUGAAGUUUCAUUUCAAAAUGAAAAAAAG